AUGGAGACACUGCAGGAGCUUCAGGUAGUGGGGAACAAAGAGUGUGCCUGCAAGUUUAAGGAAUUUAUUGCGUUUGACAUCAUUCAGCCCACUAUGAUCUGUAUUGGAGGGAAGGAGGGCAAAGGUGAAAAUUCUGGAGGUCCCCUGCAGUGCAAACAAGGCUCUGUGUGGGUGCAGGCUGGUGUUAACAACUUUGGCUCAUGUGGCACUGGUAAAGCCCCAGACGUCUAUGCACGUGUGUCUGCAUUCCAGACUUGGAUCAUGAAGGAAGUGGGAGAUGGACCAGGUCUUGGCUUUGUGAAAUUCACCUCCAAUGGCACGGACACAGACAAUGAUUUCACCUGCAUCAGAGAGAACAGUACAGACAUUUGUGGCACAGCUCCUCUCAGUAGCAGGAUAGUUGGAGGACAGGAUGCGUCUGCAGGGAGCUGGCCAUGGCAGGUCAGCCUCCAGAGACCAUAUGGUCACGUGUGUGGAGGUUCCCUCAUCAACAAGGAGUGGGUGCUGUCUGCUGCUCACUGCUUCAGCAGUGCUGACACAAGCGGGUGGGUCAUCCAUCUGGGUCAACAGUCUGUGAUUGAUUGUAACCUAAAUGGAGUGUCUAGAACAGUGGCUGAGAUAAUUCUACAUCCUGAGUAUGAUGCUUCCACAAAUGAGAGUGACAUGGCUUUGCUCAGGAUGAACAACACUGUCUCCUUCACCAAGUACAUUAGACCCGUCUGUCUGGCAGCCAGCGGCAGCAUCUUUCACCAGGGCACAGAAAGCUGGGUCACUGGCUGGGGAAAUAUUGGAGAAGGAGGUGACAUUUCUUGA